AUGCAACGAAUGGUUUCAACGAGCGCUUUGAGAACACCACAGUCAGGUCGAGUAAAGUUGUUGCAAAGACCAGUUAGUUCCUCGAAGAUAGAACCACUGCGAAAGCGUCUCCGAUAUGAUUCCACUCUCAGCACGAUAUGCAUGAACACAACAUCUGCAUCCAUCACUAGCGUCAUUACACCAACCAAACGGCGGAUGUGUGGUCCCAAGCAUUCAUCUCCGAAGUCCUGUACACCGAAGUCGAAAGUGCCAAAGUCCUCUACACCGAAGUCGAAAGUGGGCUGA